GCAAUUAUUGAGGAAAAAAGCUGCGGAAGAGUUGAAACGCGAACAGGAGAGGAAGGCCGAGGAGAGGAGGAAAAUCAUAUCGCAGAGGACUGGCUCUAAAAAGCCAACCGAUGGGGCAAACGAAGCGGCGUUGCAGCAAAUAUGUAAAGAAUAUUACGACAGAAUCGCCAAGCUCGAAAAUCUCAAGUAUGACUUGGAGUAUGAAGUCAGACAAAAGGACUUUGUUGUUAACGAAUUAUCCAUUGAAGUGAAUGACUUGAGAGGAAAAUUCGUGAAACCAACGCUGAAGAAAGUGUCGAAAUACGAUCAAAAACUGGAGAGGAUGGCUAAGGUGGCGGCGAAGGCUGAGUCGGACUUCCGUAAUAAUCUGAAGAGAGUCCAGUCGCAGAAGUUCACGAUGCAG